GUUUCGGCGUCAAAGAUCCUUCGUGUCUGCUGUGGUCGCACUGUUGCAACACCCGUCGUCAGCUUCGGGAUGUUUUGCAUUUCGCAGAUUCGCACGUGAUUGAAGUGGAUGUCACCUUUGGCAAACUCCUCAAGGAUGGACGGGAGCAAGUGAUAGUUGACCUCUCCAUCUUCAAUUGCGUCGGUGCUCGCAGCAAAAACAGAAAGGGCGGCUCUUCGGAGGAACUGAUACUCUGUCACUUCCCGUAUACGAAGUCAGAUCUAAGCCUCAAGGAAUUCUUACAAGUAGUUUGCGAAGAAAACGAAACGGCACUAGCGCUUGCGCAGGGAGAUGCCGCUGUCUCUGAGGAACAUGAGAUACAGCUCAAUAUGGUAAGCUCUUCCGAAGAGGGAGUGGAACGUAUGCUUUCCACUGAGGACGAGAGCGAGGUUGCAGAUCGUGAUUACGAGGAUGCUGCAGCUAGGAAAGCAGCGACGGUUACGCCCUCUUCGAGAGACUCCAGCAAGGACGCACCCAGAAGAACGUCUGCGUCUCGUCGAUCUCCGAUUCGAACGACGUGCGUUGCUGGCACC